AUGUAAAAGUAUAGUCGGCGAAAUAAAUAGGCGCUGCUCGUACAUUUUCUGUGCGAUAACGGUACAGGAAGCGUUCUAAAAUUAUUGGGAAAAUUGAAGGAUUUCUUCCAUUUUUAGUGCAAUUUCUGAUGUGGAAAUCAUGCCGGACACCAUCACCGUCGCCGAGUUUUUGGCGGAGACCACAGAUGACAUCAGUUCGCCGACGACGUCGAAUUUUGUGGCUCGGAUGGGAGCCUGCCGAAAUGUUGUUUCCGCGUUAGAAGAGACCCUCGACACAGACCGAAGUGGGUUAAAUAAGAUGAGAAAAAGCAUCAAGGCAAUAUACAACACAGGGAACACAUACGUAGGAAACCUGCUGUCUUUCUCUGAGAACCUAGAGAAGCUUGGAUCCAAUUCCCUCACCAGGGAGAGGGAGCCUGACCUGGGAGCCGCCUUCCUCAAGUUUUCUGUCGUCACCAAAGAGCUCGCAGCACUCCUCAAGAAUCUGGUCCAGAACAUCAACAAUAUCAUCAUGUUUCCUCUGGAUUCACUCUUGAAAGGAGAUUUAAAGGGACAGAAGGGUGACCUCAAAAAACCUUUUGAGAAGGCUUGGAAAGACUAUGAAUCAAAGUACUCAAAGAUAGAGAGGGAGAAGAAACAGCAAGCCAAAGAUGCUGGUCUCAUCAGACAAGUUGUAUCUGGGCCAGAGGUUGCAGAAGAGAUGGAGAAAGAAAGGAGAAUGUUCCAACUACAAAUGUGUGAGUACUUAUUCAAAGUUAACGAGAUCAAGGCAAAGAAAGGAGCGGAGCUUGUACAACAUCUAGUGGAGUACUACAGAGCAGAAAACAGCUACUUCCGAGAUGGCUUAAAGACCGUUGAGCACUUCCAGUCGUACAUCGAUGAGCUCUCCUCACAUGUCUCCAAAAUCAAGGCACGCCAAGAUGAAGAGAGAAGGCAGCUGUUAGAGCUGAAAUUGACCCUCAAGAAUAGUUUGAAUAUAGAAAAAGAGACUCCACCAGAGAAGCAAGGCUACAGUCUGCAUCAGCUCGAGACCAACAACGAGGUUGGCACGGAGAAGACCGGCUACCUCCACAAGCGCACCGAGGGACUGCGCAAGGUCUACCAGAAGCGCAAGUGUGAUGUCUGCGAUGGCUACCUCCAAAUAUCACAUUCCACGCCGAGCCGUGCCCCAGCCAAGCUCAACCUCCUCACCUGUCAGGUCAAACCGUCUCCGGAAGAGUCCAGCCGCAAGUACUUUGACCUUGUUGCGCAAGAUAGAACGUACCACUUCAUGGCAGAUACAGAGGAGGAGGCGGAGGAGUGGAUCUCGGUUCUCAACAACAGCAAGAAGUUUGCCCUGGAAGCAGUCUUUAACGAGGGGUCAUCGCCUUCGGAGGUCGCCAAUAGAGGGCUGCAGGAUCUCACACAGAGCAUCGUGAAAGAAGUCAAGCGGUUGCCCGGCAACAACAUAUGCUGUGAUUGCACCGCAGCAGAUCCGCAGUGGUUGUCUACUAAUCUAGGUAUCCUGACGUGUAUAGAAUGUUCAGGUGUCCAUAGAGAGAUGGGUGUCCACAUAUCAAGAGUACAGUCUUUAGAACUUGAUAGACUCAGCACGGCACAACUACUGCUUGCAAUAACUGUAGGGAAUGAAGAUUUUAAUGAGGUUUAUGAAGCGACAUUAGAAGGAAACAAGCCCACGCACACCAGCUCCAUGGACACUAGGAAAGAGUUUAUCAGGGCAAAGUAUGAGAAGAAGAAAUUUGUCCUGAAGACAGCGGCGCAACCCAGUCAGCUUCUGUUUGACCUUCGGCAGGCUGUGCUCCUCUCUGAGAUCAUCCAGGUCUUACGGGUCUUUGCGGAAGGGGUCGAUCUUGUUGCACCUCUUCCAAAUGUGGCUGGUAAUAAGACAGCCUUACAUCUAGCGGUCGAACAGCAGGACGAUGUCAACCUCCACAUCGUAGACUUCAUCAUCCAGAAUACGACCGUCGCUGACCAGCAGAUGACUGAUGGUAACACCGCCCUCCACCUGGCUGCAAAGUAUGACAAGGUGGAAUGCGUCAAGCUACUGCUACGAGGAAGUGCCAAUAUAGAAAUAUUAAAUAAAGCAAAGGAGACGGCUUUAGACAUCGCUAUAAAAUGUGGCAACAAUCAGUGUGAGGACGUGCUGCGUUCUGCUACGUCAGGCAAGGUCACACAGUGUGAACAUGUUGAGUUCUGCUGGGGCAUGAUGGGUAACGAGGAUGGAGUAGACUUCAGCGAUGAUGAUCUUGACGAUCGGGAAAAAAAGCCAUUGCAGAGUCCGAGAAGACCAAACAGCAGACCACAGACGUUGCCAAACUCACCUGUUAGCACGUUGCCUAGAUCAUCACGGGAUCGCUUCUCCGAUAUGCUGAUGGCAAACGUCAACAAAGGGGACCAUAGCACCUCAGAUAAACUCAAAAUGCCGCCCCCACCUAUCCCGCCAAGGAGAAUGAUGUUUUGUCUUCCGUUUGGUCAUCACCAUCAUUGGUCUUACUCUGGGAGCCAUAGGAGGGGCAGGAGAGCGGCGAGUGUCAAGAAAAAAGCGCCCCCUCCCCCCGUGGAUUUGGGCCACAAGAGAACUUCGUCCGACCCUCAUGCUUUCAAUAGCACACCCCCUAAGCCACCUGAAAGGAUCACGUCCAUACGCGACCAGGCAACCUUAGGUACUGAAGUACCAGAAGCAGCCAAACCAUCAGAUUCUACUUCAUCCUCAUCAUCUUCCGCACCGCCUCCAAUCCCAAAGUCAAACAGCCAAGUAGAGCAGAUGAAACAGUUCCUUGCCUGGGAAAAUAGACGAGCUUCAUACUCCCACUCCUAUGGCCGCUGCUCAAGACCAGAGUUAUUACCACGGCCACCGAGCGUUGACAGCCCUCCAGCAAUUCCACCAAAGAAAUACUUGACAUCCGACAGCAAUGGGACAGCGAUGGGUGCCAGUAGCAGACCAGGUUCCCAGGCCAGCUUCCAUUCUAAUAGUAGACCAAACAGCCAACAGGACCUGCCGACCACGCCCGGUAGCCGUUCACAGAGUCGUCACGGCAGCUCCACUGAUGAUGCAUCCAGUAGCAAGAGUAGCAGCAGUGGUCCACCUACCCCAGCACCAAGGGGCGCCAAGACGAGACCAAAGAGAGUGAGGGCACUGUAUGACUGUCAAGCCGAUUAUCAAGAUGAGCUCACAUUUGAAGAAGGAGAGACUAUAUUAGUGACAGGAGAGGCUGAUGCAGAGUGGUGGAUUGGAGAGAUAGAAGGCAAACCGUCACGGAGAGGGGUGUUUCCUGUGUGCUUUGUACAUGUCAUCGACUGACCCAUGCUUGCCACUUCCAGUCCCGUGCACUCCAAUCUGUGUAGUCUUCUUCCCUCGCACUUGGUCCCACCCACUCCAUUUGAUGUCAGUAGCAUUUAAUGUUUGUACAUGAAGAGAAUACUCUGGUACCUGAACAGAGACAGACUAUGUUAACAUAUUUUCAAUUUGACUGAAAGUAAUUUUGAGAUUGUAACCUGGUCACAGCAUAACUCUCAAAUUUUGUAUUUUUCCUAGAAAUAAAGACAAUAGUGGAGUAUAGUCAUGAAUGAGUGCUAGAAACGUACAUGUCUAUAAUUUGAAUCAGUAAUAUUUUGUAUAGAUAUAUUUUUGGAUUAGAAAGUAUCUAUCCAUCAUGAGAAGAUGAACAUCUUUAGAGAAGCAUUUUUCAAAAUCAGGAAUUCUGUUCCAACCAAAUCUUUCACCAGUACCAACAAUUUGACAUUUGUUUCUAUAUUUUUCUUAUUGCGAUCAUGUAGUAUCUUAUUUCAUUUCCAUGGGCUAUUAGUCCCAUGUGUCCAUAAUCAUGUUUGGACUUGAUCUGAGCUUGAUGAAAUUCAUUGAGUCGGAUCGUCAAACUUGCCCCAGACGUGACGGUUGUUAUUUGGAUAAAUUAGACAUAAAGUAUGAUAAGUGGGGCUCAUUUCUUCAUUUAAGAUUCCUCUUAUAUAAGAACAAUGGAACCUCAUAAAGAGCACUGAUGUAACAAGGUUUCUGUUAUAACAAGGGGAUUUUGCUGGUCCCAGCUCUUUAUAUCUUUUAUAAAAACUCUGAUACAACAGGAUUCCUAAUAUUAAAAGGUGAUUUCCAUGGUUCCCUAAACCUCGUUAUAACCAGGUUCUACUGUACUUGUUAAUAUAAAAGUGGAAUGUGUGUAUUUAAUACAUGUGCAUUCGAGUGUUUCGAUACAGGUGCUGUCAUUUGUCAACUAAGUCCCGGUAUGAAUCUACCUAAGAUUAUCAUUUAUUUCUCUAGUAAAUAAACUUUACAACUGAUUUCUAAACCAAAGGCUCAUUCACAGAUGACCCGGUAAACCUCAGCAUUUUUUUUUGUUUUUGUGGAAUAUUGGCAAGUGGGGAUAAAGAAUAGUAGCUUCAUGCAACACCGGUCUAGAGUUAGAGUUUAGAGUUUAAAAAUGCCCUUUUUGAUCUAGGCAGGUGUUAUAUCACUUGCAUAUACAGGUAGGGUCACAUUGAUAACUUCUGAGCAGUAGUCCAUACUUUGAUUUAAAAAAAAAAAA